AUGGCCAGAAACGCGGAAAAGGCAAUGACCGCAUUGGCGCGAUGGCGUCGGAUGAAAGAAGAAGAAGAGAGGGUGAGUUUCGUGUGUUUUCAAAAGAAUCUUGUAAAAUAUAAAAAUUUUUAUAGGGUCCGGUCGCCAGAAGACCACAUGAUGUGAAAGAUUGCAGAAAUUUGUCAGAUGCGGAAAGAUUCAGAAGAGAAGUGAGUUGUCCAUCACAAAAUAUAGUUGCAACAUCUAUUUUCGUCUUUCAGAUCAUUCGAGACUGCUCGAAGAAGAUCACAGCGAUCCAAAAUCCGGGUCUCGGCGAGUUCAAACUGCGCGAUCUGAACGACGAGAUUAAUCGGCUGAUAAAGUUAAAACACGCAUGGGAGCAACGGAUUCGAGAAUUAGGCGGCACGGAUUAUCGGUUAGUUUGAUUGUUCCAAAACAUUCUCAUACGCUUUGUAUUCAGAAAAUAUGCACAAAAAGAACUAGACGCAAUAGGGAGGGAGACGGGCAAUUCGAAGGGUUACAAGUACUUCGGAGCGGCGAAGGAUCUUCCCGGCGUUCGUGAUCUUUUCGAAAAGAGCGCAGAAGGCGAAGAUCAACGGAAGCAUCGUUCUGAUCUGAUGCGGAACAUCGAUGCGCACUACUUCGGCUACCUGGACGACGAAGACGGGCGGCUCAUUCCACUGGAGAAGCUCGUCGAGGAAAAGAACAUCGAAAAGAUUCAGAAGGAAUUCGCCGAGAAAAAGUCGCAGCAGUCGGCCGCAGUCCCGGAGAACAUUUACCACGUGGAAGAGGACGACGACGAUGAGCUGCAGACGCAGGAAUCGACAGUGAUCGGAGAGGACGGACGGCCGAUGACCAUCCGACACGUCCUUCUGCCGUCGCAAUCGGACAUCGAGGAGAUGCUGUUGGAGCAGAAGAAACAAGAGUUGCUGGCCAAGUAUCUCGACUAA